GGUCAUAAUGACAAGAACUUCUUUGUUCGAUGUAUUAUUUUGCUUUAUGUUCUAAUUAUUUGUUUUUAGUAAUAUUACCUACACAAUCCCUACUUUAACAAUUACAAAGAUGUCGAAAUUACAUGAAGAUUAUUAUUUAAGAAAAUGUUGCCUAGAAAAGAACGAAGUUCCCAGUCGAAGCGUUAUGAGAAAGAAGAUGGGUUCUUUAGCAGAUGUUUACUUUAAAUCGAUGUCACAAAAUUUAAAAGUGAUUGCUGGACUGGAACCGCCCCUAAAAGGCGGAGGCGCAAACUGGUACAUGCCUCCAGAAGACUUGCUAAAGGGUAGAGCAGUCCUAAAGCCAGUCGAAAGAAAGUUUCUAAGUAAGUUUGGUUGCGACGGAAUCUUGCAUUUCGGAAAGAAAUACGUCGACAAGCAUCGUCGCGCUUUGGCGGUUGAAAAGAACAAUUUCAUACUGAAAAGUGACGAAAACUGGAGAAAAACAGUCGUCAAAAGAAAACUUGAAGAGUGGGACAAAGUGAGUGAUAGAGAGCAAAAGAAAAACACUCUCAAAAUAAAGCAAGCCGUCCAAGAAUUUUCUGUCCUGUACAGGACAUCUCUAACAAAGAUUGAAUCUUUAUUGAGAGAUACGGCGCAGAUAGAGUUAGAACGAAUAAAGAACUAUACGUAUGAUGAAAUGCAUAAAAAGUUUGAGAGGUUACAAGAGGUGCAAAGAAAAGAAUUAUUUAAAUCUUAUAAAGAAAUACUGGAAUCAGAAAAGAGUAAAUGCAAAGAGAAGUUUUUACAAGAUAUCGAGAAUUUACGAGCUAAUUUUGAGAAGAAUAUUUCUGAAAUAAAUUCUGAAAAAUAUACAGCCCUAGAGAAGCUCAGGACUAUACUUGGAUACCAAAAUUUAGCUUGUCAAGUAUACGUGGCUCUGAAGGAACGAACCGAGUGUGAAAGAGAGGUGGAGGCAUCUAAACGAGAACAUGAAAAAUCUAUUAAAUUGUUGUCAGAACAAAUCAAUAUUAAAGAUGAAAAAAUAUCAUCGACUGUAGAGGAAAUAAUGAAACAGAACGAGCUUAACAGAUUGUGGCAGAACAAGGUGCGUCAUGUUGUUAGAAGAUUUCAGGAGUUUGUGAAGUACUGUCUGCAUACGAUGCCCGAGCAAGCGGAGUUUUUCAUCAACAUGGAGAGGCUGAUGUUAAUGCAACUGUGUGAGGCUUUAGACAAUCCUUGUGCUACGAGUAUAUUCGAGGUGGAAGACGAGCAAGUUCAAACCGAUGCCCCAAAACCAGAGCCAUUCAUUCUUGUAUGUGAUGAAACGACCAGACCGCACAUAGAUCCAAAUUUAUGCCCUCAACAUGGCACCUCCUCUCAGAUGUCAGUUAUAGUCGUCAACAAAAGAUGCAUCUACGCCGCAUGUGAUAAUUUGGAACUAUUGGGUGAUAAAUUGGAGCAAUAUCUGGCCGGAAAGGACCUAAAUGAUGGAGCGUUCGAUGCCCAUGAUUACGACAUGGAUGUGCCUAUUCGUUGCACUUCAUCGGAACAGCUUUUGGAUCUUAAGCUGGAGAGUUCUUUGAUGCAGAUCUUGCAGGACGAAUUUCUAAAGAUCAGGCCAGUGGUAACCCAAUGCGCCAUAUGCGGAAGCCACUAUUGCUUCUGUACCCCGAAACGAAGAGAAUCCAAUGUGAUUGUGCAAUCCGGAAAAACUUCAUCAAAACCAGUAAAAGAACUAGACAAAGCAGGAAUUUUAAAGUUUACCCGAGAGCCAAAAAUAUCAUCAUACUUGGAUUACAUUCGGCCGAAUAAAUGCGAAUGUGCAAUGAAAGUGAAAAAGCACCUGAAAGAGCACUUACCAGCUUACAUGAAAAAUGUAUCAGCAUUCGAAAAAGGUGACGUACCACAGUAUGAAUCUUGCGAUAUUCACCAGUUACAAAAAUUGGUUAAAGAAGCACAAAAUAUAAAAGAAACUAAUACACAAGCAGAGGAAAGAACUAAAGAUGUUGCCACUCAAUAUUCUGAUCAAGAGUUUAAAGCGUUGUCCGAAAUUUUCUCCGAUGCUGAAAUUCAAAGAUUUCUAAAAGAACUGGAAACAAUCACUGAAGUUAAAGACAAGACACAAUUUAAAUGCCACCCACCGGCAUCGUAUCUUACGAGAAAUGCUGAAACGUUUGCAUUUGGAACUGUCCGUAAACCUCAACUGGAAGAGAUAUUUAAAAGUAAAAAUCUGUGAAUGACAAAUUGAAAUGUGCAAUUGUAUACCUUCUUUUGUAUUGACUGUUCUUUCUUAAUUGAAGUUAUUGUCCCAAAUAUAUUAAAAAACUCA